GCGGCCCAGCCCCCGCCGCGCGGUCAGACCAGUCGGACGGCUUCGCCCCCAGCCCGCCCCGCCCCGCCCCGCGCCGCCGGGCCCGCGGCCGCCGCCCGCCGCCCUCCCUCCCGGAAACCCAGUCCCUCCUGCGAGCGCCCGCGCUGGACGGGCCGGCCCCCGCGCAGCCGCCGCCCCGCAGCCCUCGCCGGCCCGGCCCGCGCCUGGGCACCGCGCCAUGGGGCGCCCGGGCCGGCGGGAGGCCGCAGCAGGAGCCCGGCGGGAAAUGGGGUAGAUGUGGAUUCCCAGUUGCCCGCCUGGCCAGCACUCCCCCUGAUCCACACAAUGGGACUGUGAAGGCAGACACUGCUGGGGGCUCCUGCGCAGCUUGCUCUCUGUGGAGGAUGGGUGACGACAGACUCUCUGAACACCGCGAACCCGUGGAAUUUCUCAACAUCUAUUUGGGAGACAACCUGCAGCCCCACCCAGGAGUGCACCUGAGGGAAACAUGUGGCCGUCCUGACCCUCCGAAACCUUGUGGAGAACAGAUCUGCGCCUCUGACCCUCCUGAGUCCGUGAGGCAAGAAGCUCCUCCCAGGGGCUCCAGCACAGAAGCCACGCACCUGGGGAGCGGCUCUUCCCAGGGGGACUUAAGGCAGAGCCAGAGCACGUCCACUCAGGUGGUGUUCUGGGCGGGCAUCCUGCAGGCCCAGAUGUGCGUCCUGGACCUGGAGGAGGAGCUGGAGAAGACGGAGGGGCUCAGGGCCGAGCUGAGAUGCUGCCUCCCCCCGGCCUCUACAGACCUACCCACUUUCUCCUCCAGCCCUGUGGGCCCUCGGGACUUGGGCCUCCGCCCCGGCCCACCCGUGGAAGAGGCUUUGGGGGAAGACAGCAGCGGGCCUGAGGGGGAGAACCAGAACCUCGUGUGGCCGGGGAAGGGAACCCCAGAUUCUUCCCCAGAGUGGGGUGCCGAGGAGGAGAGCGUGUUCUUCGACAAUCCCCUCUUCCUGGACAGCCCUUGCUCAGACGCCAGUGCUUCCGAAGAGCGCUUUUCCUGGGGGUUCCCAGACUUCCCAGCAGACGUGAGGACUGGGACCCAGAGCCCACAGACCCUGGAGCCUCUAGUCCCAGGAGGCGGGGUGCCAUGGGAGCUGGAAGGGGAGCCAGGUUUAGGGGACGGCACAUCUGAUUCCAGCGGGCACACCACCCCUCCAUUCCCUGUGCCCAUCUACAGACCGCACUCCCUCUCCUGGGCUGCAGGGGAUGCCGCUGAUGGGGCUCCGGCAGUACCUCCUGGGCAGGGGGAGAAUGAGUCCUUUCUGGGAGACAGUCUUGGCCCUACCCCAUCUACAGCAUCCUGUGCGGACAAAGCAUUGACCUGGGAAAUAGGACAAGUCGGAUCUGACCCUAGGCCUGCCAUACCUCCUGUGCAACCUUGGGCCCUGCCCAGCCCUGAGAGCUCACAUCCAGAAGCGUGUCCUUCAUGGCCCCAGGUGCCUCUUACCUCCCAGCACAGAGGUGACAGGGAUGCUGAGCGUCCCCAGGAGCCUGCUCCCUGCACCUUGGCCCCUGGCUCCUGGGGGAGCCCAGCCUAUUCACCAGAGCCUGGCAGCCCCGAGCCUGAGAGCAGAGGCCGCAGCCCCAGGCCCAGCGCCGUGUCCUCUCAGGAAGGCAGCCCACAGCUCCAGGGCCACCGCUCGGGCAGCAUCUCUCCCAAGUGGACCCUAGAUGCUUCCCGCCCUUCACUCUUGGAGACAGAUGGGGCAGAGCCAAGUUCCUUGGAGAAAGAGGAGGCAGGAGAGGCCCCAAACCCAGGGAAGGAAGUAAAGAGCGAAGGCCCAGCCAGGACCGCAGAGGCUGUAGCCAUCCAGCCUGACGUUCGCUUGACUUCUGCGGAAGGGCUUCCUGAGAGCCCCAUGCUCCACGUGCAAUCCCCAGAGGAAGGCCAAAGGCCACAGGCUGGAGACAAGCUGGCUAAUGGCAUCAGGACCGACAAGGUGGCCUGGAACUUGGCCUCUCGCCUCUAUCAUCUGGAGGGUUUCCGGAAGUCUGAAGUGGCUGCCUACCUGCAGAAGAACAACGACUUCAGCAGGGCUGUGGCUGAAGAGUACUUGUCCUUCUUCCAGUUUGGAGGCCAGAGCCUGGACCGUGCCCUCCGGGUCUUCCUCCAGGCGCUGGUGCUCAGUGGAGAGACUCAGGAGCGGGAGCGAAUCCUCUACCAGUUCUCCAGACGCUUCCAUCACUGCAAUCCCAGGGUCUUCCCCUCAGUAGAUUCUGUACACACCUUGACCUGUGCCAUCAUGCUCCUUAACACGGACCUGCACGGACAGAACAUUGGGAAGAGCAUGAGCUGCCAGGAAUUCAUAACCAACCUGAACGGCCUGCGGGACGGCGGGAACUUCCCCAAGGAGCUGCUGAAGGCCCUCUACUGGUCUAUCCGAAGUGAGAAGCUCGAGUGGGCUGUGGACGAAGAAGACGCAGCCAUUCCCGAGAAGGCACGGCCGUCUCCCCCAACCAGCAAGUUGAGCAACCCCUUCCUCCAGCUGGCCCAGGACCCCACGGUGCCCACUUACAAGCAGGGCAUCCUGGCUCGGAAGAUGCAUCACGAUGCGGAUGGCAAGAAGACGCCAUGGGGCAAGCGCGGCUGGAAGAUGUUCCACACUUUGCUGCGAGGGAUGGUCCUCUACUUCCUGAAGGGAGAGGACCAUGGUUCUGAGGGGGAGAGUUUGGUGGGGCAGAUGGUGGACGAGCCCGUGGGGGUGCACCACUCGUUGGCCACCCCAGCUACCCAUUACACCAAGAAGCCGCACGUCUUCCAGCUGCGGACUGCUGACUGGCGCCUCUACCUCUUCCAGGCACCCACUGCCAAGGAGAUGAGUUCCUGGAUUGCGCUCAUCAAUCUGGCUGCCGCCACGCACUCGGCGCCGCCCUUCCCCGCCGCGGUUGGCUCCCAGCGCAGAUUCGUGCGGCCCAUCCUGCCCGUGGGCCCCGCCCAGAGCUCCCUGGAGGAGCAGCAUCGAUCCCACGAGAACUGCCUGGACGCUGCCUCCGACGACCUGCUGGAUCUGCAGAGGAACUUACCGGAGCGGCGGGGCCGAGGCCGUGAGCUGGAAGACUACCGCUUGCGGAAGGAGUACCUGGAGUACGAGAAAACCCGCUAUGAGACAUACGUGCAGCUGCUGGUGGCCCGUUUGCGCUGCCCCUCAGAUGACCUGGACCUGUGGGAGGAGCAGCUGGGGAAGGAAGCUGGAGGCACCCUGGAGCCCAAGCCCAGCCUGAAGAAGUCCCACUCGAGCCCAUCCCUGCACCAGGACGAGGCCCCCACCACGGCCAAGGUGAAGCGAAACAUCUCAGAGCGCAGAACCUACCGGAAGAUCAUCCCCAAGCGCAACCGCAAUCUGCCCUGAGGCUGGUGCCCCCUCACAGCCUCUGGCCCCACGCUGCGGGGUGGACCUGAGAUGAAACCCCACGGAGGAGCCUUUUUUCAGUGGGUCCAUGAUGGGGGACGAGGCCUUUCUCUUCGCUGCUGAACGGCAACCCCCAUUUUCCCGUGGUCCUCAUUCCCUCCCUCGCUCGCUCACUGGAACUUUCCUAAUACUUCGGUGCCCGCCGCUAUGGCAGUCCCUCAGCUGCCCCAGUCCCUGAGCACUCCCGGGGGAUGAGGGAGGUCACGGAUUUGGCUCCACUCCCAGAGUUUGUCCUAUGUCACUCUCCAAUCCUCCAGGAUCCAGAGUGGCUGUGUUUCCUGGGCCCGGGGGCAGCUGAGUGCUUGUUUGAGAAUCAGAGCACACAUGGGUCUUGGGCUCCCAGGAGAGAGCCUGGGGCAGCAGAGGCCUCUGGGCUGGCAAGCUAGAGGACCCUCAGCCCUAAGGAUGGGCUUGCUCUGGGAAUCAUGUGACCUGUUGGGAGAGGUCCUCGGAGACGCCAACCAGCCUCAUGAGACUGAGGGAGCAGGGUGGCUCAGGGCCUGCCCACUGAGUGGGCAGCCUUCUGGGCAGGUGCAGGGACUCAGCAGGCUUCAAGGGCUCAGUGAGGCUGACUCUGGGGCCCCGUGCCUUUGUCUCCUUUUCCCCUACAAUCAUCCAUGCGCCAGGGGCAAAUGAGAGAGGCCCCGCCUUACACGCCCAAUUGCUGAUCAACAGAGCAGAGCCAAUAGCGGUCGGUGAGGGUGGGUCAGUGAGGGCCGCAAGGGGCGGGGGCCUCAGAGCUCUGUGGAGAACCCUGGGAACAAGGGGCCUUUGUUUCCCCAGGCAGGGAAGGGGAUUCUCCAGGUGCAGACCCCUAGAGGGCUGAGGUGGUGAGGCAUCCCCUUGGGAUGAGCCACGGCUGAGGAGAGUUGUGAGGGUUGUGGUGGAGGCCUGCCUUCUCUCCACAUGCCCUGUCCCUCAGUCCCUCAAAGCUCCAUUCCCAAGGGGCGCCAGGACCCCUGCCCUCCCCUGGCCAGCUCACAGGGGGCUUUGCUGCCCUCCUUGGGAAGUCUCCUUUGCUGCCCUCUGGCUGCCUCCCAGCUGGGCAUGUUCUCUGGGGGAGGUUCCGGCCACUCACAGACCUGGGGCUCUGCCUGUGGGAAGGAAGCUGGGCUGAAGGAGCAGCCACCAUUGUCUCUGUUCAGCCAAGUGUACGAGUAGGCUGCCUGCCAAGAGGGGCCUCUCUGCUGCCCGACUGCUGCCUGCUGGCUGACGCACUGCCUCCCAGCCUUCCUGCUGGGCCCCCUCCUCCCGUCCGUGCUUGUAACCAGCCCUGGGGCCUGGGACUCCACCAAACGGGGCUGGCCCUUGAGGGUCGUGAGGGGUGUCCGACCAGGGCCCAGGGCUGGGCCAUGCACCCAAUGGGUGCGCAAUAAAUACAGGCCAACAA